GCUUUUGGUAGGCGCUCUAUGGCCGUGAAGAUGGCGGUGGCUGCGUGGCUUCAGGUGUCUCCUGUUAUUUUUCUUCUUUUAGGGGCGCAGCCGUUCCCAUUGUCGUUUCUUGGUGCAGGUCCAGCACCCGUGUUUGCUGCGGAUAGAUCCAAGUGGCACGUACCGAUGCCGUCGGGGAAAAGUUAUUUUAAUUUUGGAAAGAUUCUCUUCAGAAAUACUACCAUCGUACUGAAAUUUGAUGGUGAGCCUUGUGACCAGUCUUUGAAUAUAACCUGGUUUCUGAAAAGUGCUGAUUGCUACAAUGAAGUCUACAAUUUCAAGGCAGAUGAAGUAGAGACAUACUUGGAAAAUCUCAAGGAAAAAAAAGGCUUGUCUGGGAGAUACCAAACAUCAUCAAAAGUAUUUCAGAACUGUAGUGAACUAUAUAAAGCACAGAGCUUUUCUGGGGAUCUUAUGCAUCGACUUCCUCUUUUAGGAGAAAAACAGGAGGCUAAGGAGAAUGCAACAAAUCUUACCUUUACUGGAGACAAAAUUGCAAUGCAUGAACCAUUGCAGACUUGGCAAGAUGCACCAUACAUUUUUAUUGUACAUGUUGGCAUCUCGUCCUCAAAGGAAUCACCAAAAGAAAAUGCACUAAGUAAUCUUUUUACCAUGACUGUUGAAGUAAAGGGUCCCUAUGAAUACCUCACUCUUGAAGACUACCCACUGAUGAUUUUUUUCAUGGUGAUGUGUAUUGUGUACGUGCUAUUUGGUGUUCUCUGGCUGGCAUGGUCGGCCUGCUACUGGAGAGAUCUCCUGAGAAUCCAGUUUUGGAUUGGUGCUGUCAUCUUUCUUGGAAUGUUUGAGAAAGCUGUGUUUUAUGCAGAAUUUCAGAAUAUCCGAUACAAAGGAGAAUCUGUCCAGAAUGCCUUGGUCCUUGCAGAGCUGCUCUCAGCAGUAAAACGCUCAUUGGCUCGAACCCUGGUCAUCAUAGUCAGUCUGGGAUAUGGCAUAGUCAAGCCUCGCCUUGGAGUCACUCUUCACAAGGUUGUGGUGGCAGGGGCACUUUAUCUUUUAUUCUCUGGCAUGGAAGGAGUCCUCAGAGUUACAGGGGCCCAGACUGAUCUUGCUUCCUUGGCCUUUAUACCCUUGGCUUUCCUAGACACUGCCCUGUGCUGGUGGAUAUUCAUUAGCUUGACUCAAACCAUGAAGCUAUUAAAACUUCGGAGGAACAUCGUAAAGCUCUCUCUGUACCGACAUUUCACCAAUACGCUUAUCUUGGCAGUGGCAGCAUCUAUAGUGUUCAUCAUCUGGACGACCAUGAAAUUCAGAAUAGUGACUUGCCAGUCGGACUGGCGGGAGCUGUGGGUAGAUGAUGCCAUUUGGAGAUUGCUGUUUUCCAUGAUCCUCUUUGUCAUCAUGAUUCUCUGGCGACCAUCAGCAAAUAACCAGAGAUUUGCCUUCUCACCAUUGUCAGAGGAAGAUGAAGAGGAUGAGCAGAAGGAACCAAUGUUGAAGGAAAGCUUUGAAGGAAUGAAAAUGAGAAGUACCAAGCAGGAACCAAAUGGGAAUAGUAAAGCAAACAAAACACAGGAAGAUGAUUUGAAGUGGGUAGAAGAAAAUGUUCCUUCUUCCGUGACUGAUGUAGCACUUCCGGCCUUGCUGGACUCAGAUGAGGAACGAAUGAUCACACACUUUGAAAGGUCGAAGAUGGAGUAAACAGUAGGAAGCUGCCAUUGAAGAUGGCCGUACCGGGAGGAGACGGCUCGAGUGUCAGUCCUCUGCACUGCACUGCUCCAUGGGAAUUAAAGGAGGCAAUGGCAUCUUGCUCUGUUCCUUGAUCUUUGUGCUUGGGAGCUGGGGAGAGGUGUCAGCCAAGAAGAACAGCUUACUGAAAACACAUUCAUAGGAUGAGAAAAAUCUACAGGCUUCUUUACAUCAUUGGCACCCUUCCCUCCCAAACCCCAUCAUGGCUGUUUUUGCAAGCUAUAUGUUGUCCCUGAACUUUUAUUCUGUUGUUUAAUCUGUCAGACUAGGAAGUUUAAAGUUUAUAAAAGGACUGUGUCAUUUACACCAUAGUUUGUCAUCUCUAGGAGCAACUGCCUGUGGUUUUAUUUAUUUAGGAAGUUGUAUUGGUAAUGGAGAAAUUAUCCUUUAUUUUUGAGUUUCCUGGGAAGUCAAGAUUACAUCUUGCAGAAGUAGUUUGAGGGAAAUAGGCCCUUUUGAGUUAAGGAACCAUAGAUCUAUCAGUGACCAAAAAGGGGGGUGGGGGAGGGGGAGAGAAAGUUACAUGUGAUUCAAAAUCAAGUGCAAUUUUGUUUACAAAUGGUGUAUAUUAAAGAUUUUUCUAUUUCAGAUGUGCUUUAAAGAGAAAUAUUAGCUUAACUCUUCUGACAUCUGAUAUUAUGACACAUCCCAUUGCUGGCAAUGUGGUGCACACUUUAAAACUUUUAACUCCAUUUUAGUCAGCCUCCAAGGGCAGCAUUGCAGUCGCAGGCAAUGCUUGGUUUGCCUUCAUGCCAUUCUUUGGGAUUACACUAGAUGCCGAGAGGCACUCUGUUUCAGUGCUGUGAUUACUUACCCUGCAAAAGGGGUUAUCCUGCUUCAGAAGGGGGAGCUUAGAGAAGGAGCAGGUCCCGUUGCUUUACAAGCAGUUAUUCUUGCAUGAAGUGCUUUGGAGGCCCUAGACUGCUGCUUUCUUUGUUUUUUUGUUUUGUUUUUUUUUUUAAGAUUGGUGGUUCUAGUAUCUGGUGUUGGCUUAGAGACUGCUUAUAGCAUCACCAGGUGAUGGGAUUCACUUGAAGCACUGUAUUUCAGUUUUAAUGGUUUUAUCCAGUUUUGCCUUCCCUAAAUUUUUGUUCUACAUGAAAAGUUCAUGCCACUUUUUAAUAUAAAAAUUUUAACAAAA